AUGUGGCGAAAGUGCGGGCGGCGGCAGAUUCGCCACGGCCGCCGCGCCGCUCUCCGCUCCGCGCCCUCCGCGCGGAACCCGCCACCCGUGCGGGCGCGGCCGUUGCCGCUCUCGCGAGAGCCGCGCGGGCGCGACUUCCGGCGCAGGCUCCGCCCCUCUCCCCUCAGCCGCGGCCGGCGGCGGCGCCGGGAGCCCCGAAAAGGCCGAAAAUUGCCCCAAAAACGCCGAAAAUUGCCCCAAAAGCGCCGCGGGAGCGCCCGGAACCGCCAGGAGCCGCCCCGGAAACCCCCGCGGGGCCUCCCCGGGCGGCCGAACCCGCCCCGCGCCUCCCCCGGCCCGCGGAGGGGGCGGCGGCGGCGGCCGGAGGGUCAAUGCGGCGGGGGCAUGGAGCCCGAGCCGGGGGGUGACACCCCCAGGACCCCCAGCGUGCCCUGGCGCAGUUACAAGCUGCUGCUGGACCCCGCUCUGCGCCGGGGGGGACAGAAGCUCUACAGAUACGAUGGCGUGCACUUCAGCGUGCCCGACUCGGGGUUCCCCCCGGCCGGGCCCGUGCAGGACCCGCGGCCCCGCAGGAUCUGGGCCAAGCACCGGGACCUGUCGCUGCCCGUGCCCAAAUUCAAGCUAGAUGAGUUCUACGUGGGGCAGGUGCCCCUGAAGGAGGGGCUGGGAUUUGGGGAGGUGACGUGGAGGGAGGACAUCCGUGGAGGGCUGCUGCACCCCCGGACGCGCAAGCACCUGGGGCUGGCGGCGGUGCUGCUCACCCCCGACGCUGCAGCACCUGGGGGCUGGCGCUGGCACCUUCGACACCGCGGCAUCAAGUACACCUGCACAACGCCACCGUCAUGGGCACGGCUAUCCAUGCACAGCUGGAUGUCAGGGGUGAGCUAUGGGGGAUUUAUUGGGGUUUUAUACUGA